UUUUACAUGCCCUUCCUAUGUGAAAGUCACAAAAAUGUGUGUCUGUCAGAGUGAGAGAUUAACAACGACAGAACAAACUGUAAUAAAACAAAGAAAAACACAGUGCUCUGAUAAACAGCUGAGUGUUGGCCUACUGUACUACUUCAUAUAAUACUAUUAUAACUUUAAUAUUUAAUUACAUCAUAGUUCAUAGCGGACUGUUAUGUCACUACACGGAGCGCUAGGUGCAAAGUUCUUACAACUCUGGCUCGCUCUGGCAACUCUGGCUCACACAAAAUGUUCUCUAGACGUGUUUCCGUUGUCGCUGACACAAUGACACAUUGGUAACAAUUAAACGGAUAAGGAAGAGAGAGAGAGAGAAAAAGGAUACUGACACAGACAGACACGGUUUGCUCACUGCGACAACAAUGUGUUUUUUGUAAGUUUCAAUGAAAAAGUGCACGUCUCGCCAUGACGGCCAGCGUGAUACAGAGAGGGGUGAUUAGUAUGCCGGCCGAGAACCAAAGUGUGAACGGACAGAGCCUCCGUUACGCAACCGAAGACUCAGCUGACAACAGGAGAGGCAAACAGGACUCUUUUAAAGACGCAAACUUUGGAGCAAUUGGAGUUUGGUAUAGGCUACGCAUCGCUACGCGCACAGCAGCAGCCACAAAUCUAAGGACAACUUAAGAGAAUAUCUGUGAUUAGCAUGCUAAACACAUCGGACGGUAACGGGAAUUCACCGCAGGACCCGGUGUCGGUUAACGUAGGCGGAGAGGUGUACACAACUACUUUGGACACCCUCACGCGUUGCCGUGAUUCCAUGCUCGGUGCAAUGUUCACGGGGCAGAUCCCGUUACUGAGAGACCGGCGCGGAAACUUCUUCAUUGAUCGAGACGGGAAAGUUUUCCGCUACAUUCUCAAUUACCUGCGCUCCAACAGCCUUGAUUUACCCGAAGGCUUCAAGGAACUGGAGCUACUCAAGCGCGAAGCGGAUUUCUUCCAGAUUCGCCCGUUGCUUGAUGAGAUUCGGCGUCAUGAGACUGGUGGAGGUACAGCAAGCUGCCGUGCAGCUAUGUUAAAUGUUAGCACGGAAAGUGAGAUGCGCGUACUGCACUUCAACUUAAAGCGUGGUCCUGAAAACUAUGAGCUAAGGUCGUGCGCUGUACGUGUGUAUGUAGCCACUGUCUUCUGUACAUCGCGAGUAGUUCUUGAGCUUCUGUGUGCGCGCUUUUCCUACGUAGCAAGAGACGGUCCUGUUUUGCCCCAGCCAAGCACCGCCCGUCAGAAUUGCCUGCGCUUGGAAUGGGUCCCUUGUCCUGACGAGCUGCCUCGAGACCAACACCAGAAGCACGGAUUCCGCGAGCUGAGGACCGAAUCUGGUACAGAUCUGCGCGAUUCGCGCGCCUUCAUGGAGGAAUUACUGCGAGUUGCUCUCUGCGAGGGUUUCAGGGUGGACUCGGUGUUCCCGGACCCGUCAGAUAUCCUGAACUGUAGUGCUUUGCGGUUUGUGCGAUACUGAGUAGCCUCCUAGAAACAUCAUGAAAAGGUCAUUAGUUUACCAUAUGUAUUCUGUCUUGGUUUAAAUGAGUGAAGAACAUAAUACCUCAAGCCUAUAUUUGGAUAGGCUACCUAUGCUUCUGCUGUCAGUACCCUGACCCCUGACAGCAUUGGAAACACCGUUAGGCUCUGAAGUAUUUACAGAACACUCAAAUACAAAAACACAAAGCUAUAACUGUGUAGGUUUCUCAUUAUAACCAGUUGUAGAUUCCAUUCACUCUCUUUUUAAAAAGGUGCAAUUAACAUUCAAUAAAGUGUUUUGUAAGCAA